CUUUACACUCUUCAUCCCCAUUUUUCUUCUCUUAUGCCUUCGAGUGCAAGCAAUUUAAACUAUUUUCUUUUCUUUCCCCCGCCUACUAGAACAUUAAACCACCAUUCUAACGCCACAUUCCAUUCCCAAGAUCAUAUCUAUAACCAAAAAAGAUAAAAAAAAUCAAGAUAAAAAAAUCAGUUCCCCCUUCCUCCUCCAUCUUCUUCUAUCUGAUUCAUUUUAGUCUCCAUCCCACCUAUUUAGUUCUCAACAAUUCACGCCACAGACAUCCCUCGCCUCCUCGUUUUCCCCAUUUCUAUGAUUAUUAAAUCCCAUUUCAUUAUUUUUUAAUUAAUGAACCCAAUUCUAGAUUUCGAACAAGAGAGGAAGAGGAAGAAGAGGGCAUGAUUUGCAGAGGGGAGGAGGAAAAUAAUGAGCAUGCCCUCUCAAAUCUCGGUUCCCGUGCUUUCCCUCAGAUUUGGCAUCUGGGUUCUGCUCAAAUCGGUUCGACUUCUCUUGUCCUUCCUCGAUUCGGAAUUUACCAAUCUCAUUUUCCGUUCUCCCCUUACCGGGUCUUCCUGCUUUUCAUUUUGCAGGUUUGGUUGAUUGAUCGCGUCCUUGUGUCUUUCUUUUAGUAGCAUUCGAGGUAAGAUAUUGAAUAACCCAUGUUUCAUUUCCUCCGAUCGCUUUUGCUUGAUUUGAUCGUUCAUCGUCCCCCCCGUUUCUGGGUUUUGAUUGGAUCCAGGUAAAGUUUUGGAAUUUAGGCAAAACGAAAGGGAAGAUGCAAGCGUCAUCGGAGAAUGGGAAGCUGUUCAUCGGCGGGAUUUCGUGGGACACGAACGAAGACCGGCUCCGUGAAUACUUCCGGUCGUUCGGAGAGGUCGUGGAAGCCGUGAUAAUGAAGGAUCGGACCACCGGUCGGGCUCGCGGCUUUGGUUUCGUGGUCUUCGCCGAUGGAGCCGUCGCCGAGCGGGUCACUCAAGAGAAGCACAACAUCGAUGGAAGAAUGGUCAGUUUCUUUUUCCUCCCCUUCUCUUCCUAGUUUAAUGAACAAACGUCAGCAUCAAUGACGAGUUUGAUUGAUUGCAAUGGUCGAGUCGGUGGUGAAUUACUUGGCGAGGAGCACUUUAGAUGAGUGACGCCAGAUCGAUAGUUCAUAUAGGAAAUAUGCUUAUUGUUUUAGAAUGUUUGAUUCCGAAAUGUACUGAAAACAUGGUUAGUAUUAACAAUGAUCUAACUCGAGCGAAUGAGCUGACCAGAAGCUCUUUUUUGCUGUUUAAGUAUCUAUAGGCAGAGUUUUAUCUUCGUUGUGAUUGUACUUGGUUCAAAUUAGAAUUAGGUUCGUAACGCUACUGAUCAGUGGUUCAAAUGCAGAAUGUUCGUUGUUAUGAGAAGCUUGACUCUGGGAUUUGCUGAAACCACAAAAUUAUUACUGAAAGCAUGACUGCAAUGGUCUGUAAUCGUGUGAACUAGUUGAUAAGAAGCUGUUUCUUGUUCUUCAACUGUCCGUAGCUAGAGUUCUAUUGUGUGGGUGUGAUCUUACUUACCUGACCUGAUUUGGAAUCAGAUUACUAACAGAACGGAUGAAUGCAAAAUGAUAAUCACCAUGACAAAUUUGAAUAUUGGAAUUUGGUGAAAACAAUGCUAGCAUUAGGUGAAAGUUUGAUUGCAUCCGAUGGUCUGAUCCCUGAGAAUGAGUUGAUAAGAAACUCUUUUAUAUGUUUUUUUAAGUAUCCGUAGACCGUAGGUAGUGUUCUAUGAUUGAUUGGUGAUGAAAGAUCAUUAAUAUUGGAACGUGACUUUGAUGUAACUUGACAAUUUGAUCAGGUGGAGGCAAAGAAAGCUGUUCCUAAGGAUGAUCAAAACAUUCUUCACAGAACUACAAGUAGCAUUAUUCAAUAUGGUUCUCCAAGUCCAGGCCGAACCAGAAAAAUCUUUGUAGGAGGGUUAGCAUCCACAGUCACAGAAACCGAUUUCCGUAACUACUUCGAGCAGUUUGGAACAAUCACAGAUGUGGUAGUCAUGUAUGAUCACAACACGCAGAGGCCAAGAGGGUUCGGGUUUAUAACAUACGAUUCGGAGGAAGCAGUUGACAAAGUCCUCCACUUGAAGACCUUCCAUGAACUCAAUGGGAAAAUGGUCGAGGUCAAGAGAGCAGUCCCCAAGGAGUUAUCUCCAGCUGGUCCAAGCCGUGGUACAUCUCCACUAAACAACUAUGGUCUCGGUAGGGUUAGUAGCAGCUUUCUUAGUGGUUACAAUCAAGGAUAUAACCCGGGAACAGUUGGUUAUGGGCUUAGAAUGGACCACGGAGGAAGGUUCAGUCCUGUUGCUGCCAGUCGAAGUGGGUUUGGUCCCAAUUUCGGUUCGGGUUAUGGGAUGGGUUUGAAUUUUGAGCCUGGUUUGGGUCAAGCUGCAUAUGGAGGGAGUGGUGGGAAUUUUAACGGCGGGUUCAGGGGGAUGAUGAAUCAUCAUCCUUAUUACAUUGAGAACACAAAUAGGUUUGGUAAUCCAAUAGGGUACGAUACUGCAGGUAGUACUAAUGGAGGAAAUACUUCAUUCUUCAGCUCAGUUACUAGGAACAUGUGGGGAAAUGGAGGGCUUACCAACUCUGCUGGUCUAGAUGAUGCUUAUGCGGGACCUGGAAACACAUUUGGCAACAGAGGUGGUAUCAGCUGGGGUGAUGAAGGCAACAACAAUGUACCCAACAAUAGUCUGAAUUUCUCAUAUGGCGGUGGGGAGAACAGCUUUAGCUUGGGGUCUACUGCAGGUGGAUAUGGAGGAGGAAGAAGCAGCAGUGUGAUGAACCAUACUGCUUCGUCGGGCGGUGGGUUUGAUGGAGGAUUGAUAGGUGAUCAUCUCUAUGUUGGAGGUGGUGGUUCCGAAGAUUAUGGAGAUCCCGCUUGGCGAGAUGGGGGGCUUCCGCUUGGCAGUAAUAAUACAACUUCAGAUGUUGCAGUGAAAAGCCCUUCUCCUGGUUUUGUUGGUGGCUAUAGUGUUAAUAAAAGACAGGCAACUAGAGGAAUUGCUACCUAGGAGGAUCAAUCUGUUGAAGCUGGUGGAAAUUACUGUGUAUUACCACAGAUUUCCCCCUACCUCGAUAAGUAUAUUUACUGUCUUAGUUAAAGAAGGAUUUACCAUGGGGUUAUUCUGGAGAUGAACUGUGGAGUGCCCUGGUCUUAAGAAGGAAGAGUUUAAGUUAAAAGCUUUAGGGAUAAUACAUAGAAGAAGUUACAAGGGAGACUAUCAUGUUAUUGUUUGAGUGCUUUGUAGGGGGAUUCUAUCUUUGAUUCUUAGCAUUUUUGGUUAUUUGAGUGAAAUGUACAUCAGCUUGCGGCAGCCAUACCAAAAAAUGGAUAUGAUUACAUAGGGUUUCUUUUGUUUCUUCUCCUUUGGUUUCGAUUAAGGUCUCUUUGUAGCAUACCUGGCAGUUUUGUGGAUUCUUGUCAGGUAUAUUUUCCUCUCUGCUGUAUUCCUUAUCCCCCUCGGAUUAUUGUCUGUAUUGUUGAGCUUGAAUGUUCUAGUGCAGCUAGAGAGAACAAAACUUUUCUGAAAGAUACCCAUCUAGGGUUUCUCAUAAAUAAACAAAUACUAUUAUU